CGGCCCGCGGCGCGGGGGGAGCGCAGACGUCAGGCCGGGCCGGGCAUGAGGCGACGCUUUAAGUGGAUGCGGAGGCGGCGCGGCGCAGAGCGGAGCGGCGGCCGCAGAGAGGCAGGCAGGCAGGCAGGGCCCGCCGCCGCCAUGCCCCACACGGUGGCCCUGCGCGGCCCCUCGCCCUGGGGCUUCCGGCUGGUGGGCGGCAAGGACUUCAGCACGCCGCUGACCAUCUCCCGGAUUAACCCUGGAAGUAAGGCAGCCCUGGCAAACCUAUGCCCAGGAGAUACUAUUCUGGCAAUUAAUGGAGAGAGCACAGAAAACAUGACACACCUAGAAGCUCAAAACAAGAUCAAAGCAUGCAUGGACCAGCUACUUCUCUCUGUGAACAGAGCUGAAGGGAAGACCUGGUCACCUCCCGUUCUAGAAGAUGGGAAGGCACAAGCUUACCGGAUCAAUAUAGAGCCGGAACCGCAGGAUAAUGGACCUGCACAGAGCAAAAAGCCAAUUUCCCCUGCUGGUGGAGGGACCCCGGUGGAUAACAAGCAGAUGCUGAAUUUGCAGUACAAUAAUCCGACCCGACUCUAUGCAAACAACAACGCUGACCCGAGCUUGCCAGCCCAGAUGAGUGGGCUCCACAUUGCUGCUUCCCAAAGCAUCGACCCCUUAAAGUCUCUUCCAAGAAACAGAAAUGGUAUUGAUGUGGAGUCAGAUGUCUACAAGAUGCUUCAGGAUUAUGAAAAGCCGGUUUCGGAGCCGAAGCAGUCUGGAUCGUUCCGAUAUUUGCAGGGCAUGUUGGAAGCUGGAGAGAAUGGUGAAAAACUCGACAGGCUGAGCAACCCCCGAAACAUCAAGCCUCCGGUAUCAAAACUUGGUGGUGCCAUGUCUGGAUUGCAGAUGCUCCCUGAGUGCACGCGAUGCGGAAACGGGAUUGUGGGCACGAUCGUCAAAGCCCGGGACAAGCUGUACCACCCCGAGUGCUUCAUGUGCGACGACUGCGGCCUCAACCUGAAGCAGAGAGGGUAUUUCUUCAUCGAGGAGCAGCUGUACUGCGAGACGCACGCGAAGGAAAGAGUUAAGCCUCCCGAAGGAUAUGACGUCGUAGCUGUUUAUCCAAAUGCUAAAGUUGAACUUGUCUAAAUACCUACUCUAUUCUUGGAGAGGUCACGAGGCGGCUUGCCCACCCACACGCAGGCCGCUGGUUUUAAAAUAUGGCUGUAAUCAGCUCCGAUUACUAAAGCCCGAGUAAAAUGCCUUUUCAUAGAUAAAACCGUUUACACUUAGGAUCUCAAGGGGACGGUGUUGAAAGCAUACGAACAGGUUUUUCUCUUCUUUUUGACACUCUGCUUUUUGGGUUGCUGUGUCAGGUUAUUAGUCUCUGCCAUAACCUUAUUCAAGAUCUGUGUAAAUAUUGAUUAAUUUUCUACUUUGUUUCAUAUAAAACCAGUAUUCCUUCCCCCCCUUCAUUUUAAAAUGUAAGGAAGAUGUUUUAAAAGCUCAAAGAAAAUAAGGCACUUUAACAAAAGGAACUGACUUCUAUACCAUUACUUUAACUUCAUACCUUCCAGUAACGCCUUGCUCUGUGGCUUCUGUAGUGAUUAAAAAUUAACCCCAUGGGGAAUCUUAGUCCCUGCAACGCAGUGUUGUGGAUGGGGGCUCCUAGGCUAAAUCAGGUUUAGACCUGAACGGAGGCAACUGUGGCGAGCAAAAGCGGUCUUUGAAAAAGCAAUUGCAAGGAAAUUCUCUGGUUGAGUGACGCUGCAGUUUGAGGCUAAUGCUGUCUGAGCUGAGUUCACCAAAAGCGCUCCACACUGUGCAUGCAACAAGGUUUUUUUUCCUGCUUUUUUUCCCCUCUCCUAAUUCAGUUGUUCUCCCUAGCAGUAUGUGUAAAGGACACCAGAACAGUGUGGAGCCUGCACUGCUUUUCACCUCCUGAAUUUCUGACCCCUUUGUUCCCUUCCAGCAAGGGUGGCUUUGCUGUGUUCAUUGACUGCCACCCAGCUUUUGUUGAAAUUCAGUCAUUUAAUUCUAGAUUUCCCAGACUGGGGGUAGCCCUGCCAUGUGGGACUGACAUUGCAGCUGUGGAGGUGGUAAUAAAAUCCACCUCAGCACUUAGAAGGUGAUUUUUGACCUGGUGAAUCCAUCCGUAAGGCUCUGAGUCCAGAACUGGUGGAUCCAGAUUUGUACCUGUGUCCCAAAGUGGAGCUGUUGCAAGGUUUGUUGUACGUUUUAUUUGAUGGGGAAGAGUGUGUGGAUCUUGGGAUGUUGUUCUUCUGUGGAGAUAUGUUUUUCAUUUUAGUGUUUGGAGGAGAGAGAUGUAUAUGUAUGUAUAUCUUAUGAAUUGUAGGCAGCCAACUACUAGAUGUAAAGCGCCUGGCACUGGGCUGCUCUCUGCCUUCCCUACAGCUGCAUGCGACGGUUUUCUGCCUGAUCACCGCAGAUGCUAACAGAGGCCACGGCCUGGGCAGCACUAGGACCCUUUCAAAACAUCUUUAUUAACAGUGCUUUAUAAAUAAGGAACCUAGACACUGUUUUCUGUUAGAGAAGCAAUUUCUGUGUUACUGUUUGCCCUAUCUAAAGCAUCAACAGGAUAUUGCUGUGGCAAAACCUCCGGUUAGUGCCCUGAUGAAUAUCUGACCCUGGUGAAAUACGUGGCAUUUGAAAUAAUAAAAUUAGGCAUGUUCCACGGACGCCUGGUGCACUGACGCUCCUGCUCCCUCCGAGAUCUGCAAGGCUGAUCCGCCCUGUGCUCAGGACAAAGGAAUUGCAGAAAUAGCUUAAAAACAAAAAGGAGAAAAAUCACCUUCUCUUUGUGUCGGAAAGCCAAAAGUUUAACUGCAUGUCGCCAUGGUUACUGUGUCAUGUUUAUAGCUCUGGUCUUUGCCUCGCAGUUAAGGGAAGAAAGCAAGACCUCACACUUGGCAUUCCUGUAAACUCCUAGUUAAGAGCAAACAGCAAGGAUCAUUUCAUCCUGCUCAGGGGAGAAAACAGGCUUUGAUCACCUCCGAGAGAAGCCUGCACGGGGCCUGACUCCGCAGGGCACUUGGUUGCUGCAAAACCUAAGCAAGCUCCAAACCCAAGUACUGCUGAUCAGAGCUGCUUCUGUUUUGCAGCAACAGCCUCCUUCCAACUCCUCACCUGAGUAAGGGCAGGAGUGUCGUGAAGAACCACCGUGUCCGUGGCAAGCAAAGCCACCAGAGCUGGGGCAGCUGGUCCCCUGCUCUCGCCUGUGCUGGCUGUCCGUGCAAGGGGUCCGAGAUGUGCAGUACGGGAGGAGGGUCAGGAGAUUUAUCCAAGCUGGUGCUGGGCAUGGACAGUUUCUGCACCACCGAGGGAGUAAGGAUUUAGGAUGUUGCAGGACCACACUUGCACCACGUGCUGUGGAGCCUUGCAGGGCUUUAAGCAGUUCCUUCUGCCACCAAACUUUGAUAUUUUGACCCUUUUCUAUUAGCUGCAUGGAGUCAGGGUCUGGCAGCCACAGGCAGGAGUCUGCUUCUUCUCUCGAGCAUAGCUGCUGACGGCCACCAAGGAGCGGCUGACCCGGGAAUGUGAAACGGGGUCACGGUACAGUGACAGCAAGAAAGUAGUAGAAGGAAAAGCCGUACACAACUGCAGGUUUUCCAGGCCUCAAAGGUCGUAAGAGCCAGGUUCAAAACCAGUCCUGGGAAACCCUGUGCUCAGCAGCCUUGCAGCACGUUCACGGGGAGGUUGAGCAGAGGGCUGCUGCUCCCGCGCGCGUGCAGCCCAGUGUUUCUUUGCAGCUGGACCGGUGCUGGCUGUGUAUGUUCCUGCUAGCAACAGAACAGCCACUUCCAACUUUCUGCCAUGAGGAUUUUAAUAAUUAAAGUACAAGAAACACAUGGAAAACUUUAUCACACCACCGAGCCUGGUUUUCCUUGUAUUUGCAUAGCUUUGCUCCGUAGAUUAGACCAUCUGAAUGGAAAUACUUUGGACAACUGUAAGUGAUUAGGAGACUAACCAUAAUCAGGUAUGAAGUGGUGUUGCCCCCCUGUUUGCAGGCCUCUGCUUGGAGCUUGUUAAUCUGCAGCUGUCAUAAACAUUUGUUCUGACUGUAUUAAUCUCACAUGUUACUGGGCCAAGCUUAAUUGGUUGUAAUAUGUUUUGUGAAGUCACCUCUUUCCUCAUCCCAUUCUGAGGCUGUAGACCAGCAGUGGGUAUUCUUGGUAAGUUCUCCCCAUCGUUAAUGGCCCCUUCUGCAGGUUCACCGUAAAUAUCGCUUAUAGUUCGUUUCUGCUGCCUUUAUGACUUUGCUUGCGAGUUCCUGCUCACUUUCUUGUGUGAGCAGGACUAUGGCAGAGCUGUUACAAGUGUCUUGUGUAGAGUCACCCUUGGUGAAGCACCUAGUGUCUCUCUGCCUCGGUUUCGCUGCCUCUUAGAUCAAGGUAAAACUUUGAGGGUGUUGUGGGACUGAGUUUAUCCACAGCUGUGAAGUGCCUUCACAUGCACCAAUGAAAAAAAUUUUGUACCAUUUUGCAUCUAGUACUGAAACCUAAGACUAAAAAUCUUUUUCCUGCAUUGGAAGAUGUUCUUCCAGGAAGCCAAAAUAUAAUCAGAUGCUGAAGGUUGUAUCUGCCCUUUUGAUACGCUUGGCUCCAAGCAGAUGCAUCACAGCCUUCUGCUUCCCACAGAUGUGUUUUAGCCAUUAAGUCAAACAUCUUCUGACUACGGCUCAUUUUUUCUCCAUGCUCAAAUACAAGUGUGGCAAGAAGGAGUGUUGAUGCCUGAGGUGAGGGUGAUCUGAUGUUACCUGGAAAUAUGCAGGAAGCCUUACUACCUUGACCCAAACCCAAGGUUUCUGAACAGGAUUGAAUUCUUGAAUUCCAGCUCAGCUAAGCAAGAGAAAAUUCACUACAGGAGUGGCCUGUCAGGAUUUUCUCCAUUUACCAUUGAGAGAACUACGUAUUUGCCAUGUUAGGCCAUAUUUCAUUCUUUGGUAGCUUUUGUCUUCUGUUCAGCCCCGGCUGGGAGGCCGUUUCUCACGCCGCAGGUGUCCUGUGUGCACGAGACGUGUUGCAACACCAGCACCAGGAACCUUAGAAAGUCAUGAAGUGUUGCAUUGCUGCCGAGGUUUGCACGUAUAAAUCAAGCAGGCUGCUCCCUUAGGGCUCCCCAGGGGCCCAGUUCAGCUGUUGGAUAAAUAACCACGCUGGGGAGAGCCGGCCUGGGGGAUUCAAGCACACCUUUCUUUUAAUUUGAAAAUACGUUCCCACAAAUCACAUUUUCCGCACGGUUGUCUCCUGAUACUCUUUCUUAUGAGUAAUCAACUCAUUUGAUCCCCUGAGGAGCUUAAAAUGGAGCCGCCUUGUGCAAUAAUAUCCCUGGUAAAUUGAUUUCUGGAUUUAUUCCCUGUCAUUUACUUUAUUUGCCUGGUAACACGUGACCGAACCAGAGUGCUGCUCUGCCUGACAAGAGUGAGCCUUACCCACGUCACCCGUUAUCUCUGCUCUUUAACGCUGUAAAACAGGGGGAGGAUGCAGCCUGCAUGAAAUACAAAAUAAAGUUGCAUUGGCGGUUCUGUGUCUCACGUGAA